AUGUCCCUCGUCUCAUCAGAAAAUCGACCACCACUUUCAACCACCAUCUCCCAUCAAAAUGAAGAAGGUUCAAGGAGUCAAGACUCAGCCGGUCAACUGGAAAAACUAAUCCUGGUAUUCAGAUGUAUUACCCCGAUCUUAUUAAUUGCGACUUUGGCCCUCACCUUCGGUACCCGAGCGUUUUCGAGAUUCGUACUUAAAUUACAGAACGUCGGAUAUGAAUCACUGCCAGAUUCGAACUUCGAGCGACAAACAACCUCUGGGAGAGGUGAACGGGAGGUCCUGAGUUCAACCCAUCAGCCGCAUCACGAUGUCAACUCUUGCCAACCCGAAGAAGAAGCUGGCAUCGUCCCCGUGGUGGUCCCUCUCCGCAAACCUCGUCGGAACUGGAUCUAUGCCGUCCACGGGUUGAUCAUCUUGAGCUAUUUUCUCGAUGGCCUGCUGAUCUGUAUCAGGGCCGUAUGGGACCACUGCUGGGAACCUUCGCAAUUGACGGUCUGGCGAGCUCUCGAUGCGUAUGUGGUCAGCUGUCUGGUUGCUUUCGUGGGCUGUGUUGUGGCUAUGAGCUGGGAGGAACGCGCAUCUGGUCAAUUGGGCGGCUGGGGUAAAAUCUACACUCGAGUGUUUAGCACUCAAGUCUUACUAGGGGAACUGGUCAUCGGAAUAUCGUGUCUCGCGAUUCUUACUCGUACGAAUCAAUCCGACACAUCACCCUCAUCAACUAAUCAUAGUCUAGAGCCGUAUGACCUACUUCAUGUCAUUAACCUCUUGGUGCGGCUAUUAUUGGUCACUAGCCUAUGCUUGCUACAGACCAGAUUCUUUUAUUACCGAGAGUUCGUGCCAUUAAGUUCCCUGCGACCAUCAACAGCUGAAGUCUCUCCCGACCGAUCGGCAACAGGAUAUGGGACUUUCGCGCCGUCAAAUGGAUCGAAUGCACAUGUUCUCAGCACCAAGGCUCAGAUGAGAGAAGCGCCAAAACCGACAGGCGUUUUAAAGAUGAUGAAACGCGUCAAAAUCUUGUUCCCGUACCUUUGGCCGCGACGAAGUGGAGCUUUACAGGCAGUCGCCUUAUGUUGCUUCUUACUCCUGUUCGUAGGCAGAGCGGUCAACCUAAUGGUUCCCAUGACACUUGGUGAGGCGACUGAGGACCUUUCUCAAAGCCGAUCUCCCUGGUUACACCUGGCUGCCUAUGUCGGUCUCAGGUUCUUGCAAGGCUCUGGUGGGAUUAUUAAUGUCAUCUUGCAAAGCUUGUGGGUCCCAGUGGCGCAGUAUGCAGAUCGAUCGAUGUCAAUGAUGUCGUUUAGACAUAUACUAGAAUUGUCGUUAUCAUAUCACACUAGACGUAAGACGGCAGAAGUCCUCCGGAUAUUGGACCGCGGGUCAGCUAUCAAUCAGUUCUUUCAAAUGCUAUUUUUUAGCUUGAUCCCAAUCGUCUUGGAUAUUGGAUUAGCAGUGGGCUAUCUUGCAAUCAGAUUCGACAUUUUUUUGGCCGGUAUGCUGCUCUUCAUCAUGAUUGCAUAUGCUGCAGUGAGCGUCUUACUCACACAGUGGCGAACUGCUAUCCGAAGAGAAAUGGUCGACAAAGACAAAUAUACCAGAGGGAUUCAAGGAGACUCCCUUCUGAAUUGGGAAACCAUCGCCUGGUUUAACACUAAAACUUUUGAAACCAAUCGAUAUUUAGAUGCUACUAUCGACUACCAACGAUCUGAAUUUAUGGUCAUGUCGUCCUUAUACACCCUUAAUCUGGCACAGAAUGCCAUCAUCUCUGUUGCGCUUCUGAUUGGUUGCUUCGCAGUGGCUUUCCAAGUCAGUAGUGGUCGGAAAACUGUUGGAGAUUUUGUGCUGUUUGUAUCUUACGUUGCGCAACUAGUUGGUCCUCUGAAUCAGCUAGGAACUUUGUAUCGGGUCAUCCAACAAAAUUUAACUGAUACUGAUAACCUGAUGAAACUCUUAGCUGAGCCAAAGGAGAUUGAAGAUCGACCCAAUGCACAAACCGUCAGCAAAGCCAAAGGCACCAUACAAUUUGAUCAUGUUGGAUUCAGCUACGAUGGCAAGAGUUCUGCAUUAGAUGACAUAUCAUUCACUGUUCCAGCUGGAUCUUCUGUCGCAUUGGUUGGUGAGAGCGGAAGCGGAAAAUCCACAAUAUUGAGGCUGCUGUUCAGGUUUUACGAUCCUACCGCUGGAUCUAUUAAACUGGAUGGAGUUGACAUUCGUGAUAUCACCCAAGCAAGUUACAGAAGUCAAAUAGGCAGUGUGCCACAAGACGCCGCUUUGUUCAACGAUACAAUCAGGUACAACAUUGGCUAUGGUGCAAUUGGUGUCAAGCCCGAUGGACCAACCAUGGAAGAUGUGGUGGAAGCAGCCAAGGCUGCUCAGAUCCAUAACCGCAUCAUGUCAUUCCCAGACGGGUAUGAGACACGAGUUGGGGAACGAGGAGUUAGACUUUCGGGAGGAGAAAAGCAAAGGGUGGCUAUCGCACGCGUAAUGAUCCGAAACCCGCCGGUGAUUUUACUGGAUGAAGCCACAUCAGCUUUAGACACAACCACUGAGAGAGAGAUUCAAGAAGCUCUCCAAAAACUAGGCCAAGGGAGAACGACAGUUGCGAUUGCUCACCGUCUAUCAACUAUCGUCAACUCGGAUAUCAUCUUGGUGAUUGGGAAGGGAAGAAUUGUCGAAAAGGGAACUCACAGCGAUUUGCUUGCUCUGAAAGGGCUUUAUUCAGAUCUUUGGGCCAAGCAAAUUAGGGCCGAAGUGGAAGCGGGCAGAAGUGGAAGUCCUCUGAAACCUCCGGCUGCUCAAUCUUCCUCCACUGUUUCCUCCCGCGACGAGAGUGAACCUGCCAUUAAUUCGUAA